AUGCUGGACGAGGCACAAAGGCUCCAGGCACAAAUGGAUCGCUACCGUGCGGCUGCAGAAAGUUCUUCUGAGGAUGAAGAAAUCACACGGUAAACAAUUUCAGCAGACCAUCACCCCAAAGUUCCUGCAAGAGAUGGACUACCAAGCGUCAGCUUUGGUCCAUCUUCAGCUUUGAGAUCAACUUCUCCCAACCUGCAGGCUGGUGGACGAUCCAAAUCAACUUCUCCCACCCCACCAGCUAGUGGGUGGUCCAAAUCAAAUUCUCCCACCCCACCAGCUGGUGGAAGACCAGUGACAAUGGGAGAUAAAGGUUUUGGUUUUGCACCCCUUUCCCGGCCACCGCCUUCCAAGAAGUCUAAGAAGGAAGAUCCUGUAGCUUCAGCUAUUACUUCAGUUGCUACAGCCGCCAUGGAUGUCUAUCAAAAGACUGAGUCAAUGAAUAAUGCAAGACACGAGCGCAAGGCCAAAGAUAGGAAUGCAAGACAAGAUCGCGAAAUGAGAUUGCAGAUUGAACAAGCUAGACAAAAUGAAGCAAGAGCAGAACGCCAAUUCAGAAUGCAGUUGGGACAAACUCGCAUGGAGAUGCAACUCCAGAUGCAGCAGAGCCAGCAACAGAUGCAGAUGUUUGCACUCCUUGCUGGUUCUUCUACUGCCUCAAAUCCUGUGAACCCUUUCAGCAGCCCCACUGCUCCUGGUGGCAGAAACAUGCCGAGCCAGCUUCUUUCAGCCUCAAUGGAAUUGCAGACCCAAGAGGCAACACAAGAAACCAUUGUCGGUACUGUGGAGUCGCCUCUUGCUGUUAUUGAUACUGAAGUUGAAAAUAGUGACAUAUCAACAGUGUCCAGUGUUUAUGAUACCUUUGAUCCUUCUCAUCAGAAGCAACAUUACUACCAGAAGAGCAAGAAGUUGACUGGAAUCAACAAGAUUACUCCUCCAAAGGAUGCUCCAAAGGGCCCUCCAAAGAAGUAG